AUGCUGGCCGCACCAAAAGCUGCCCUUUGGCCGGAGCCAAGAAGACUGCUGGCUUGGCCUCUGCUGGCUGGGCCUCUGCUGGCUGGGCCUCUGCUGGCUGGGCCUCUGCUGGCUGGGCCUCUGCUGGCUGGGCCUCUGCUGGUAAGGCCCCGCCGAUGCUGGCCGCACCAAAAGCUGCCCUUUGGCUGGAGCCAAGAAGACUGCUGGCUUGGCCUCUGCUGGCUGGGCCUCUGCUGGCUGGGCCUCUGCUGGCUGGGCCUCUGCUGGCUGGGCCUCUGCUGGUAA